AUGAAUAUGUCAUGGACAUUGAUGAAAGAAGCUACUGCAAAAUAUAUAACAUUAAGUGUCGAUAGUGAUGUCAAUUAUAUCGAUCGAACAGCAACAGCUAGUAUUAAUAUAGGAACAGACGCUUAUUUUGAUAAUGAUACGAUCCUGGGA